AUGACUUACAUUUCGAAAUGGAUCCCUCCAUGGAGGAACACGUUCCGACGGAUCCGCAAGAACUUCCUUCUGAACCGGUACCAUCGACAAGCGCAAUCGCCGCAACCAUAAUAAAUAGCACCCCCGCCUCACCCGCGCCCCGUUCACAGCCACUAUCGCCUCCGCCGACAGCAGAUCAGGAUAAAAAUGCAGUAGACGCUUCACUGACUACUCCGGAGCUAGACAGUGCUAUUUUAGAAAUUUUUGGAGACGAUCCAUCAGUUAUCAAAGAUUAUGGACAGGAGAUACAGAGUGAUCUCGCAGUAAGGCUACAACACAUUGCUACGAACGGACUUUCAAAAGAAGCACGUAAGGAAUUAUGCGAUAAGUACUUGCCUCCUAGCAACUGCCCUCUUAUCGACGCUCCGCAACUUAAUGCAGAAAUCAGGGCUGCUAUUUCAGAACCAGUUUUAAAGCGCGAUAAAGGUAUCGAGCUAAAACAAAAGCAGCUUGGAUGCUCAAUCACAUGUAUCAGUCAAGCUAUCAGUAUUCUUGUAUCGCAACAAAAUAAAGAUACGUCGGUUAUUAAACUUUUGAUGGACGCCAACCGCUUACUAUGUGAUCGCCAAAACCAAGACUCGAUGACGAGGCGCAACUUUAUAUUAUUCACCCUGAAAAAGGAUAUGAGGGAUGAAUUAAUAAAAACAAAAGUAGAUAAACUUCUGUUUGGUACUGAUUUCGCAGAAAAACUCAAAAUUGCUAAGUCCAUUUUUAAGUCCAGUGCUGAUCUAAAAGCACCGAUGCGUUCUAAUAAGACUGCAGCAAAUAAGAUCAAGACUGCGCCUCAUACAGCCGCAGCACCGCCUCCACCCAGACAAAAUUUAAACUGGAAGGGUCCUCCCUCAAACCGCAGGCCUCAAGUGAGCCAGAGGACCAGGGAGCCUGCUCAAAGGAGUCUAGCCUCGCAACACAGCAACUCGCAGACAUCGAAUCGAGCGCCGCCGCAGCAGAGGCAGAGACGCCGCUAGAAGCCAACAUGCGAACGCGACGUCCAUCGACAGCUUACCUUGGCUGCCGGGAUCUUGUCCGCGAAUCGCUACUGAGAAGAAAUGUACCGCCACAGGCCAUUAAUAUAAUGCUGUCCUCAUUAUCGGAUAAUUCAAUUAAGCAGUACGAUACGUAUUUGAAAAAGUGGCAUCUUUUUUGUAAUUCUAAUGAUAAUUGUGUGUUUGAACUUUCAGUUCCAAAAAUUAUAAGUUUUCUCACCCAGCUUUUCGAAAACGGAGCCCAAUAUAAUACAAUUAACAGCUGUAAAUCUGCUUUAUCCCUAAUUUUUGGGCCUCAGUUAUGUAACGACGAUCGUAUUAAGCGAUUUCUGAAAGGUGUUUUCAGAUUACGCCCACCAUUACCGAAGUAUAAUCAGACCUGGAACACUUCAACCGUGCUAGAUCAUUUGUCUUCUUGG